CGCACUUGUUUCUUUUUCUGACAACCUUAUUCUGGCGCUUCCAGAGCAUUAGGGGCGCACCGCAGACUCGGGGAAGCUUUCUCAUUUGAACAUACGUCAUGAUACAGGAAGUAAACAAACCAGACGACGGAGUUGUCAUCAAGACGCUCACGAGACCUCCCAUUGAGUGCCAUGACAGGUCGUGCAGAUGCGAUUUUGCUCUGGCAUGCAUGAUCUCCACUUCUCUUCCUGAGGGUGUCGAGCCAGAGAGCAACCCCCACAGUGCCAUGGCUGAGGUGUUGGGACAGAGAAGCUUGUUGGGCUUUGGUGUGGUGUUGGCAUGGCUGGUGCUGUUCCACCUGCUGGUCAACAUCUGGCUGCUGUGCGUUUUUACCAGCCUGCUAGUCGUGCUCGGUGGCUGGCUGGGCUCUCAGGUUGUCCUGGAGUCCAACAGUGUGGUUCACCUGGAGAGGUUUGUCACCAUGGAACAAGUUCCACCGUCUGUGGAGGAUGAGCAUCUCUUGGACCAGGAGAUCCACAACACAGUGAGGAAAAUCAUCAGGGACUUUGUCACUUCCUGGUACUCCACUGUGUCUUCUGAGAGUGGUUUUGAAACGGAGGUUCAACAGGCCAUGAUCUCUAUGGCCAUGGAGCUGAAAAUACGUGCAAGACAGGUCGACAGGAAGGAGCUGACCCAGAGGAUCCUGGAUCUGUUUGGCAGCCACCUCCAGGACUACAUCAGUGCCAAAGAGAUGGUGGCCAAGCAGCAAACGCCUCUGACAGCAAAGCGGGGCAGUGAGAGCGAGCAGUUGUGGGAGGCAUAUUCCAGGGUUACCACGCCUCAUCUUGCCCUGACCAGUGACACAGUGAAAAUAAACUACACCAGAGCAGUUGUAGAUCUGUUGCUGCAUGUUUUGGUGCCUUCGCCUCACUUGGAGACCUGCUCCGGACGGUUCGUGGUCGGAGAGCUCAUCACCUGCAACGUUCUGCUCCCUCUCAUUGCUAAACUGUCUGACCCUGACUGGUUAAACAGUCUCGUAAUCGAAAUAUUCAGCAAGUCCAGCAAACCACAGGAGCCAAUUACAACAGAGCCACUGACUUCAUCACCCCCACUACCACAGCCACCUGUUCAAUCAGAGGUCUCUCCACUAAAUGAGACAGCCUGUGUAUCUCAUAUGAAUAAUGAAGUUCCACUAAGAGCUGACACUGAAAUGGUCAAUGACAGAGAGACAGCCACGCCUGAGCUCGCGGCCUAUGAUCUGGUUGACACAGAUGAGGUGGACUGUCAGCAGAACAACACUGAAGAAGAAGAACCCUUUUUAAGGCAUUACAUGACAGGAAGCAAGUCAAACCCAUUUUACGAGGAAAACGACUCUGACCUGGAUUCUCCUUUGGCUGAAUAUAAACAAAGUUCCAUUGAUUCCCUGGUCAUGAUAGGCCAAGAGGAGGGCCUGUAUGACAGACGCAAAGAAUGUGCCACGUCUGUUGAGAAGAAUAAUGGUGUGAUCCUGGAGGAUGUUUGCCCCAGCCCAAUGAACGGCUCCUGCCCUAAAGUCCUGGUAAAUUCAGAACCGGUAGAGCUUCCUAAUGGCUGCGGCCCUUCAUCAGUUAGGACAGCAGAGGGGACUCCUAGUAUCGGUAGCCGCCAGCACCUGGAGAGGGAGGGUGCUUCCCCUUCAGUAAACCCAGCCAGAGAGCUCCUUCUGGGUGUAGAACAGACGAUGCUAGGGAGUGAGCUGACUGAAGUCAGUCCAUUGCAGGGCUGUUCUCCCAUGCCGUCGUUCAGUUUUGAGCCCCUCAGCAGCCCUGAUGGACCAGUCAUCAUCCAGAACCUCCGCAUCACUGGCACCAUCACAGCUAAGGAACACCGCGGCACCGGCUCACACCCUUACACUCUUUACACUAUCAAAUAUGAGACAGCAGUGUGCUGUGAGAACCCAGGAAGCGCCCAGCCAGGCUCUGAGGAUGCUGAAGUUGUACCGUCAGGCUGUGAGACUCCGUCACCCAUUCAGCCAGUAGCCUAUCACAUGGUCAACAGACGAUACAGUGAGUUCCUCAACCUGCAAACACGGCUGGAAGAAAAAACGGAACUGCGGAAGCUCAUCAAAGGUGUGAAAGGUCCAAAGAAAGUAUUUCCAGACAUGCCAUUUGGAAACAUGGACAGUGAGAAGAUAGAGGCCAGGAAAGGACUGCUGGAGACCUUUCUAAAGCAACUCUGUGCCAUCUCUGAAAUAGCCAACAGUGAAGAGAUGCAGGAGUUUCUGGCUCUCAAUACAGACGCCAGGAUUGCAUUUGUCAAGAAACCUUUUAUUGUCUCGCGCAUAGACAAGAUUGUGGUGAAUGCCAUUGUGGACACCCUGAAGACAGCGUUUCCUCGUUCAGAACCCCAAAGCCCAACAGAAGACAAUGAUGGAGAGGUGGAUGGAGGGAAAAUCAUUUCUGACAAGAAGAGCAAGUCUCGUCUGAAGUUCUCCAGUAAAAGCAUCCCCUUUAUGAACGGCUCAGACAUUAGACCAGCGGUUUUGUUCAGUCUGGAGCAAACUAGAACGGUGUUUAAUGGGAUGUCUUUGGGAGAUUUGCAAGCCUUUAUCACCGAACAAGAACAACUGGCCUUCAGAUCCGAGCCAGAGAGGAAAGACAGUCCAGUUGUUAGACAAUUCGGAGACUAUCUGGAUGACCGCUCGAGAGGAAAGCACAGUAAGGAACCUGGCGUAGCAUCUGAGAUGGCGCUGGCUGAGGUGGCUCUGAACAUCCUGUGUCUGCUGAUGGAGAAGCAGUGGAGCUGGCUGUGCACUGAAAACAUGCAGAGGACCAUCAGGCUGCUGUUUGGGACUCUUAUUAACAGAUGGCUGGAUGUGAGCGUAGCCAACCUGACAUGCACCAGGUACUGGGUGGUGUACCUGCAGGUCAUCCAGGAGGCUGUGUGGCCGGGCGGAGCUCUGCCUAUGGCCCCUCAAUGUGAACGCAGCCGGCAGCAGAAGGACAGCACCAGGCAACAAGCCUUACACUGUCUGAUGGGACUCCUACCAGAUCUGGUCUCAGACAUGUUGGGCUCAGAGAAGUACAAGCUCAGCUGGCAGACUGCACUGGACUCUUUUCAAGACCCCUACAUUAACAGACACCUGGUCUACUGCGUAUUGGAUCUUCUGCUGGAGUUCCUGGUUCCUGAAAUACCUGAGGAAGACUUCCAGAGGAGCCUCUUGCAGACCCUCUCCAAGAACCCAGAGAAGCUGCUGGCAUGAGGAGAAAACCCACAGAAACGCCUGCAAACCCAGCUUUAAUUUCCCAUCAGCCUAAAUGAUCGGUUACCGCAGAUGGAUUGUGAAAAGCUGUGUGACAGCGAGGCUGCUCCUGUUCUACUAAUGCUCUGCGUCCGGACUGUACGUGAAUGUUUCUGGUGAGACUGAAUCUUCUCUGUCCCCAUUUUAAACUCCAGAGGUCACUGAGGCCUGUCUUUAAUAAUGUGUUGAUGUGUUGACAUGUAACACUCUUGAACACGGUGUCCUGUAUACAGACACACACAAUUACACAAUCUACAUUUGAAGCAGCUUUGAUUACAUGAGAGCACCUGGUUUGUGUUAGAUCUCAGAACACGUCUGACGUGCCGUUCAGAUCUAAACAUGUGGCAAAGCCUCGUCUGAUCUCCACAUCCAGCCUCUUCCUGCUCGCUAAACUCUCCGGCUUUGAAUAAACUCACUUCAGAUGGUCUUCACACUCUGCCCUCAUCCAUUCUGGGUAGAAAUCCCCCCCCCCCCCAACUUAAAUCUCAAAAUGCUCUAUUGGGAUUUAGCAUCAGUGUUUUUAUUCUCAGUUGACCCAUUCCUCAACAUCCCACUGGCUCUGAAUAGAGCCACACAUGUGAUUCUGACAAAAUGUGAGCUAGACUUCCUAAAUCUGAGCCUUCCUGAGGGAUUGCUUGUCUCUGGUAGUGAUGUUUUUUAACCUGCAUGUUCCCAGGUGCAGGCAAAAUACAUACUAUAAUGUAGUGUGGUGAAGAGUUGGCCAUAAGUUAUUUUACUGGCUUCACAGACGCGUCACAGUUCUUUUAACAGGUCCCUUGGAGAAUUGUCUUUGCAGUUAAUAUCUAAAUUCUAUAAGAACUGGGCUCUACAAAAAAACAAAAAAAGAUUUUUUGUAGGUUUCUGUAAGACAGAACUUAAUUCUUACUUUCUUUGAUAGUAGGCUAAUUAACUAGCAGGCUUAAAGGGUUGGCCAGUUACAUAGAAGCGUAUUUUCUCACUUAUUCUGGUAUCUGGGAUUAUAGUGGUGUCUGGCCAUGCUGAUAGCUUUGGUUUUGUUUGUCCAGAUAUUGAGUUCUCGGUCUCUAAAUGUCUGCCUCCACCCCAAUGCAAUGGAAUUGGCACUACUUCUGUUGAAGAAAUACAACAAUGUAAAUAUAAACCAACAUAAUGGCAAGCACAUUAAAACAACAUGGACCUGCAGAGGCCAAGUUGUUAACUUUGAUUCAGACUUGACACUAACUUUAACUCGAUGCAGGCUCUGUUGGGUAGAUCUGAUCAUGAGUCAGACAGAUGCUGACGCAUCUCGUCUAGCUAUCAAUCUAGUUACUAGUGUCUGCUCACUCGUUAAAUAUGUGUAGUAUAAUUAUAUUUUAUUCAGGUGUAAUAGCGUCUUCUGAUGUUCCUCUGACUCUAUUUUAGACAAGCUGCUGCUCCUCCACCAAUAUUUAGUAAAAACCCAUUUGAUCCCUUGUGUCAUUCCUGUCAGAUAAAUUGUGGUGAGCCAGUGUAUCUAUUCAGUCCUGUUUCCCAGACCACCACCUUUGCUGUGGUAGGUUUUUGCACUUUGGGAAUCUGCCUUAGCAUAAUGCCUUUAUGGUGGUAACACAACAAUCUGUGCUUCUUUUCCAGUUGGCUAAGUUUACUGAAAAGUAUCCAAACUAUGUUAGCUAUUAUAAUUAUUUCUUAUCUCUAUGACAGACACGUGUAACCAUAAUGUUUUGACACUUUUAAAAUACUGCAGCUGGCCAGAGUGAUGAUGUAAUCUAAAUCAGAGUUUCUUAACUUCUUCUGGCAACAUUUUAAGGUUCCAAAAUGUUCAGACUUAAAGUCGUUAUGUCAAUUGUAAGUAAAAAAAAAAAAGUCAGAUCUUAAUGUUACUAUCAUUCCAGUGUUUUGCACUUGUAUCCUGGUUUAGUGGUCUCAUCCUUGUCCUAAAAGCCUUUUCAUUUUGUUAACUUGUGUCUAUUUAUUAACCUAUUUAUUUACUUGAUUUUUCUAAAUGACAACUUUUUGGAGGAGUGAGAUGGCAGUGCUGAUGGCAGAGGAGUGUCCCCUCUAAUGAAGUGCUUUUAACUGGAUUUUGCCUUACAAGGUGACUUGAUGACGUUUGGCCUGCACUGACCAUACCUUAGUAGAACAUAAGCACCCAGCUCCAGCUCUCUGCAUCGACACUAUUAACACGUCUUCUUUUUAUUGUGUCAAAUUGUGCUGAAUGUUAGAUACAUUUUGAUUACAUACAUGUUAUCUCCGCUGUAUAGUGCUGCAAUUGUGACAUAAAAUAUAGUCUCAGUGUGGAAUUAUAACAAGAGCAUUUUCUAUCUUUAACAAGAUCCUUUUCAUGUUUUAUUGUUAUAUUUUUGUCACUACUUUAUCACUUUAUCUCAUGUUACAAAACUUUCUUUUGUUAUUACCUAAAAUCAAUGUAUGUGAUUAAAACAAGAAAUGUUUCUUGUUAUAAUCUAAGAAGGUAUAUUAUAAGAGAAGAAGCCUGUAGCCUACAUCUGAAAGGGGGGAGGGCUGGA